UUAAAACCGUCAGAGUCCUCUCGGUGUGCCAGUGCAGGCGUUUUCUGGAUCGUGCUUUGAUCAAACACGAGGCGGCCGUCGUCAACAAGUAGGAGCAUUUCAGUCCGCAAAACCCUCUUGUCUAUCGCACCAUGUCCAUCAGGAAAUACAAGGCCGCCAUCUCCCAGGCCGAGCCCAUCUGGUUCGACGUCCAAGGCGCGGUCGACCGGACCGUCGAACUCAUCGAGGAGGCAGCCAGCAAUGGAGCAUCCCUGAUCGCCUUUUCCGAGCUCUGGAUCCCCGGCUACCCGAACUUCAUCUGGGGGGGUACAUACAGCGAGAACAUCCCUCUCGUGCAAAAGUACAUGGCGAACAGCAUGACCGCACACGGGCCCGAAAUGCUUCGGAUCCGCCAGGCCGCGGCGGCGCACCAGAUGCACGUCGUGCUGGGCUUCAGCGAGCGGGUGGCCAGCUCGCUCUACCUCGCCCAAGUCCUGAUCGACGACAAGGGCGACGUGCUCCUCCACCGGCGCAAAAUCAAGCCGACGCACCUCGAGCGCACCAUGUUCGGCGACUCGACGGGCGACUCCCUGCAGACGGUGGCCGACACCAAGCUGGGCAAAAUCGGCAUGCUCAACUGCUGGGAGCACUUCCAGCCCCUGCUCAAGUACCACACCUACGCGCAGAACGAACAGGUCCACGUCGCCGCCUGGCCCUACCACGGCGACGCUCUGGGCGACGAACCCUGGUCCGUGUGCACCGAGGCCAACGAAGUCACGGCCAGUCGCAUGCACGCCCUCGAAGGCGGCGCCUUCGUCCUCGUCAGCAACCAAAUGAUCACCGAGGCCGGCAUGAAGAAGAACACCGAGGGCCACGCCGCGACGGGGACAUCGUUCUCGGUCGGUGGCGCCGGUGGCGGCGCGGCCAGGGUCUUUGGCCCCGACGGGCGCCAACUCACCCAGGACCCGGAUCCGUAUCUGGACGGCCUGGUGUACUGCGACAUCGACCUGGACUUGAUCGACCGGGCGAAGACGCUGGCGGAUCCAGUGGGACACUACUCGCGGCCCGACUUGCUGCGCUUGGUCGUCGACGACACCCCGAAGCACUACGAGACCAAGGUGAAUGGGGGACCGCCGGCGACACUCACGUCGGCGUUCAAACCGCUCGCCGAGACGGUUGCGGCGUUUGAAAAAAAAAUGGACUCGAUGUAACGGCAUAGGUAGAGGUCAAGCAAUUCCAAACAUACCGUACUACAAUGGUAGACAUUAUAAUGA